AGACAGAGAGAGCGAGCGCGUGCGAUAAAUCGCCUCUUUUUUUUUUAUAAAAUCGUCGAGUGCUGUUUUGUAUCAGUGGUGUGCGCGGAGAGCGCGAAGAAACAGGAGAAGAGAUAAUCGCAGUAAAAAUUACUUUCCGAGAAGAUGAGCGUCGACGCGUACGGCCCUAGUAGCCAGACGUUGACGUUCCUGGAUACGGAGGAGGCGGACCUUAUCGGUGCCGACACCCAGGGUAGUGAAUUCGACUUUACGGAUUUCACGCUGCCUUCGCCGAGUCAGACUCAAGCUUCGCAGCACGACGCGGCGCAGAAUAGUCAGCAGAGUCAGCCCGUGCAGAUUAAUGGAACUGUUGGUACAUCAGCAUUAGAUCUGAACAUUUCUGGAGCAGCUCAAAGCUUAGCUGAGCUUCAGUUUGAAGAAGAAGAAGAAGAAGCUUAUUACAAUCGUGAUUUACCAGAUCAUGCUUGUAAAUAUUGUGGUAUUCAUGAGGCAUCUUGUGUUAUUAUGUGUAAUGUUUGUCGUAAAUGGUUUUGUAAUGGACGAGGCAAUACAUCUGGAUCUCACAUCAUCAAUCACUUAGUACGGGCUAAUCAUAAGGAAGUUACAUUGCACAGAGAUGGACCACUGGGUGAAACCAUAUUAGAAUGCUAUUCAUGUGCACUAAGGAACGUUUUUGUACUUGGAUUUAUACCAGCAAAAGCUGAUUCUGUUGUUGUACUCUUAUGUCGUCAACCGUGUGCUGCACAAAGCUCUUUAAAAGAUAUGAAUUGGGAUCAAGAGCAAUGGAAACCUCUUAUAGAAGAUCGUAGUUUUCUUUCGUGGUUAGUGAAAAUACCAUCAGAACAAGAACAACUUCGUGCGCGUCAGAUUUCAGCCCAACAAAUAAACAAACUUGAAGAACUGUGGCGUGAUAAUAUCAAUGCAACUUUUCAAGAUCUUGAGAAACCUGGCGUGGAUGAAGAACCUCAACAAGUUCUUUUACGUUAUGAAGAUGGCUAUCAAUAUCAAAACAUCUUUGGUCCACUGGUAAAACUCGAAGCAGAUUAUGAUAAACGAAUGAAAGAAUCACAGACACAAGAAAAUAUUGAAGUUCGAUGGGACGUAGGUUUGAAUAAGAAAACCAUUGCAUAUUUUUUGCUAGCAAAGACCGAUGGAGAUAUGAAAUUGAUGCACGGUGACGAAUUAAAAUUGAAGUACUUAGGAGAAUUACAUAAGCCAUGGUCAGGCGUUGGGCAUGUUAUAAAAAUUCCCGAUAAUUAUGGAGAAGAAGUGGGAAUUGAGUUAAAAAACAACUCUGGUGCUCCGACCGAUUCAAGCAGUUUUGUAGUUGAUUUUAUCUGGAAAAGUACCAGCUUUGAUCGUAUGCAAUUGGCAUUGAGAAAAUUCGCUGUGGAUGGCAACUCAGUCUCUGCCUACAUUUAUCAUCGUCUUCUUGGUCACGAAGUAGAGGAAGUUCUUUUUCGUUGCCAUCUUCCGAAACAUUUCAGUGCUCCCAAUCUGCCAGAUCUUAACCGAUCCCAAGUUUAUGCGGUAAAGCACGCGAUCCAGCGCCCGUUGUCAUUGAUUCAGGGUCCACCAGGAACCGGCAAAACUGUAACUAGUGCUACAAUCGUCUAUCAAUUAGUUAAGCAAAAUGGUGGUCCUGUUUUGGUGUGCGCACCUUCUAACACAGCUGUUGAUCAGUUGACAGAAAAGAUUCAUAAGAGCAAUCUUAAGGUCGUGAGACUUUGCGCGAAAUCAAGAGAAGCAAUUGAUUCACCUGUCAGUUUUCUUGCACUGCAUAAUCAGAUCAAUAAUCUAGAAACAAAUUUGGAAUUGCAAAAGUUGCAACAGUUAAAAGAUGAAACUGGUGAAUUGUCAAGUGUGGACGAGAAACGUUACAGAUUACUUAAAAAGGGUUCUGAGAAAGAAUUGCUCGAAGCAGCUGAUGUGAUAUGCUGUACUUGCGUGGGAGCGGGCGAUCCACGACUGCACCGUCUGAAGUUCCAUUCGAUCCUUAUCGACGAGAGCAUGCAAGCUACCGAGCCAGAAUGCAUGGUACCGGUAGUAUUGGGUGCCAAGCAACUUAUCCUCGUAGGUGAUCACUGCCAGCUUGGACCUGUUGUCAUGUGUAAAAAGGCUGCACGCGCUGGUCUGUCGCAGUCUCUUUUUGAGCGAUUGGUUGUCCUUGGUAUCAGGCCUUUUAGGCUAGAAGUUCAGUAUCGCAUGCAUCCUGAUCUAUCAAAGUUCCCAUCCAAUUUCUUUUAUGAAGGCUCUUUGCAAAAUGGCGUUUGUGCCGAUGAGCGAAAACUUUUGAAGAUCGAUUUCCCAUGGCCUGCGCUCGAUAAACCCAUGUUCUUUUAUGUGACUCAAGGACAAGAGGAGAUAGCCGGUAGUGGUACAUCCUAUCUGAACAGAACCGAGGCAUCGAACGUCGAGAAGAUUACAACGCGCUUCUUGCGUUGCGGUGUUAAACCAGAACAGAUUGGCGUCAUCACACCGUACGAAGGACAACGUGCUUUUCUUGUCCAAUACAUGCAGUAUCAGGGAUCGUUGCAUUCAAAAUUGUACCAGGAAAUCGAAGUGGCAAGUGUUGAUGCUUUCCAAGGCCGAGAGAAAGAUAUCAUUAUUAUGUCGUGCGUGAGGUCAAACGAACACCAAGGAAUAGGUUUCUUGAAUGAUCCAAGGAGAUUGAACGUUGCCCUUACAAGAGCCAAAUAUGGGAUAAUAAUAGUAGGAAAUCCAAAAGUCCUAUCAAAGCAGCCCCUGUGGAAUCAUUUAUUGAGUUUUUACAAGGAACAAAAGGUGCUGGUAGAAGGCCCAUUGAAUAAUUUAAAGGAAUCCAUGAUACAAUUUGCAAAGCCAAAGAAACUCGUGAAUGCAGCAAAUCCUGGAUCACAUUUUAUGUCUACGUCGAUGUAUGACGCAAGAGAGGCUAUGAUUCCUGGAUCCGUUUAUGAUAGAUCGGGUGCCCAAGUGAACGGCGCCCAAACGCACAAUCCUUAUUAUCAGCGCAAUGUGCCCAUCGACAUUUUCAGUCGUACUCACGACACUAUAAGCUACAUUAGUCCGGAAAGAGCUCAGGCUGCGAUGAACAAUGUGCCCGUACCAAUAGGCAUGUUCAUGAACAUGGCGCAUGUGCCGCCUCGUUUCUACAAUCAGCAUCAACAAGCACUGCAGGCGAGACAAAACCAGCGAAUUCGUCGUAGUAGUAAUAUCAAGGGUAGCAACAAAGUGAAUAUGAAUACAGGGCUGCGUGCGGGAAAACUUAGCCAGUCAGAGCAGAAUACACAACCAUACAGCCAGCCGGGAUUGCUGUUGACGCAAGGCAUAAUGCAAGGAAUGUCACAACCCGGGUUUAGUUUGUCACAACCUGGAUUAUCACAAGCGGAACUCUCGCAGGACUCAUUCGCGGUGGGAGAGUUUCAGUCACAGAUGGAUGGACUUUUGUCGCAAGAUUCGACUUAUCAGGGUGACCGUAGUGGUUUUUACCAAUCAGGUCAGUCCCAAGCAGGAGGCCACUUCUCCCAGCCAUAUUGAGCCGAGUUAGUGCGGCUUAACAAUGCAUUGGCCAUGCAGCAGUGUCGCGGGAGCGACUGAGAAGGCUCGUUCGAUCAAUUCUUCAUCGACAACCAAACCAACAACCAGACCAAAUCACUCUUUAACUGCGCGAAACGGUACAAACAACCAAAACUCAAUGUGAGAGGGAUGCACUACUCGAUACAAAGACAUCAACGAGAAACAACAACAAUAGAUGUGUCGGCGUGGAUGAGAAUAACAACAGUAACAACAGCUAGGGGCUGAAAACGUUCUCUCUUUUUUUAUUACAAAAAGAAGAGCGCAAUUAAGCUUUGAUGGUGAUUGCAAGAAGACCGUCCGAUGAUGAGAAAAGAUAGAUUCUUUUUCUGUUUCUGUUUACCUCGAAGAAUG